CGUAGGGCUUGAGCUAGAGCUCCUGCUGGGCAAGCCUAUCUGGAGAGCGUAACACAUGGACGCGCUUGUCGCUCGUGAGGUGCGGCCGUGCCGGGUCGUCCCCGCAGCCAGCCGGCCCAUGGGCCCAUGAGGUGUGGAGCCGCCGAGCCCGCGCUCCCCACCAGGAUUGCGCGAGGGGGCGGGUUCGGCGGGCGCGGGCGGCGGCCAUGGGCCAGAAGGCCUCGGCGCCCGCGAUCUGCAACGGCGGCACCUCGGUGGUGGGCGGCGGCGACGGGUCGGACGGCGGGCUGCUCCUGCCGAUCGGGGGCAAUUUCGAGGCCGCCUGGGGGGACGGCUUUCAGAGCGUCGUGUACUUCGCCGGCCUGCUGUACUGCUUCGUCGGCGUCAUGCUCCUCGCCGACGCGUUCAUGUCGGCGAUCGAGAAAAUCACGUCUCGGAAGGUCUCGCACAUGGACCCUGUGACGAAGCGGUGGAGGACCGUGGACUGGUGGAAUCCCACGGUGGCGAACCUCACGCUCAUGGCCCUGGGCUCCAGCGCCCCAGAGAUAUUGCUCAGUGUGUUGGAGCUGUUCCAGAAUUCAAUGCAUGCUGGCGAGCUUGGCCCAUCUACUAUUGUUGGCAGCGCGGCUUUCAAUCUCCUCGUGAUCAUCGCGGUGGUGGUGUCCUGCGUCCCGGACGGCGAGGAGAGGAAGGUGAAGGAGCUGCCGGUGUUCUAUAUCACCGCUGUCAUCUCGGUCAUGGCGUAUGUGUGGCUACUCGUCAUAUUGAUCAUAUCCUCCCCGCACGUGGUAGAGUGGUGGGAAGGGCUCCUGACUUUCCUCUUCUUCCCAAUACUCUGUGUGAUCGCUUGGCUCGCCGACACAGGCUUUUUCAACAGGCUCCUCAAGCUGCCCAGCCAGGACAGGCCAGACAGGCGGUACUUCACCCCGCAGAGCACGCCCGAGGAAAUCAACGAGAUGUUGCUGGUGGUGCGCCAGAAGUACGGGGAGGGUUGCAGGGGUUUCGAGAAGGAUCUCUUGAAGUACGAGUUCCCCCCUCCCGCCAGUAGGGCCGUGCGGCGGGUGCAGGCCACCCGCCAGUUCACGAAUGGCACGGAUGCUGCUUCAGAACGAGAGUCCUUGAAGAGGAGGGCCUGUCAGAUACCACGUGCCAGACCUCGGAAGCAUGCAGGACCUUCGGUGGCGUUCGCAAGCGAAAAACACCGCUGUUACGAGUCCGACUCCCAGGUUGUCCUCGCUGUGACGAGGACUGGCGAUACCAGCCGCCGCACGCUGAUCGACAUCAAGACGCGGGACGGCGGGGCCACCGCUGGCGCAGACUACGUCGCUGUUGAUAGGACCUUGACAUUCGAGCCCCACGAGACGGAGAAGCAAGUUCCAGUGAAGAUCAUUGACGACGAUCAAGAAGAGGGCCUAGAGGAGUUCUUUGUUUUUCUUGAGUUGAGGGAAGACGAUGAAAGCGAGGCAGUGUUGGGAGCCUCUCACACUGCGUCGGUGCUCAUUAUUGACGACGACCAUCCAGGAAUCCUGUCGUUUGCGCAUGAUUGUUUGACCGUCCAGGAGUCUCACGAGGACACCUUCCUGACCGUCGAGGUCAAGCGGAGCAAGGGGGCAAAGGGCAUUGUAUCUUGUGUGUUUUACACCGAGGACGACUCCGCCAUUGGGGGGCGCGAUUUUGAACAAAUUAGCACCAAGCUGGUAAUGUCGCACGGGGUGGCCAGCAUGAACGUGCGCGUGCGCAUCAUGGCCAAGGGACGCCACGAGAUGACCGAGACGUUCCGGUUAAUCCUGGACAGUCCCGACGGCGGCGCGUGCUUCGACGAGCUGACCGAUGGCGGGGCCGACAAGUGCAUAUGCACCGUGAACAUUGAAGGCAACAGCGAAAACCAGGGCGUUGUGGCCAAAGUCAUGACCGGGAUCUCCUUCAACGAGGACCAGAUGGCCUUGGGCAGGCAGCACUGGCGGGAGCAGUUCGCCGAGCUGUUGUACGUAGACGGAAGCCUAGACAGCGAGUCCUCGGAGAGUUACGCGUCGUGGUUCUGCCACGUGAUCAUAUUCCCUUGGAAGCUCAUGUGCGCCUGCGUGCCGCCGCCGUCGUACUUUGGAGGAUGGCUGGCUUUUGCUAUUGCCUUGGUGUUCAUCGGCCUCCUGACUGCCUUCAUUGGCGACCUUGCCACGAUGCUCGGUUGCGUCAUCGGAAUGGAUGACAGCGUCACUGCGAUCACCAUCGUGGCCAUCGGCACCUCGCUGCCCGACACCUUUGCCUCCAGGACGGCGGCCAUACAGGACAAGACGGCCGAUGCCAGCAUUGUGAACGUCACAGGGAGCAACUCUGUGAACGUCUUCUUGGGACUAGGCCUGCCUUGGAUGCUCGGGUCCUUCUACUGGGCCAUAAAGGGGGUCCCUGACGCGGACGACCCGUCGGACCCUUGGGUGCAGCGUGGGCAACUGAUCGGGUGGUAUGACAGUCACCCGGACAUCAAGACCAAGUACCCUGGGACUUUCGUGGUCCCUGCCGGCGGCCUCGCAUCCAGCGUCGGGACCUACUCGGUCUGUGCCACGAUAGCUCUUGUUGUCAUAUGCCUACGGCGGCGGUUCCUUGGGUGCGAGCUUGGCGGCCCGCUGAACUCGAAGUACCUUACCUCCGCCCUGUUCGUGUGCCUGUGGCUGCUAUACAUAUUGGUGUCGAUCCUGUCCAGCUAGCUCCCCGACCCGCAGCCCGAGACAUGUACGUUUGCUGUUGAGAUUUAGCACGUCAUCGUUGCGGCUGCUGCUGCCCGUGGGCAAUAAGACAGCUGGAAGGGUGACGAGAGAAAGGCAGCGUUUCAUUCUACUCACGCUGAUAUGCGCCUUUUUAUCAUAAUAUUCUCUUGUCGCACAGCCGCGCACAGUCCGUCCAAAGCGGCCAAGGCGUAUUCGCGGAGCGGACUCUCUUCCGCGAAUUCGCGGAGCGGACUCGUUUCCUGCCGAUCAAGCCAAACCGCCUCGACAGCAGUAGCUUUGGCUCCGUUUUCGAAUAGUAUUCUUUUGCUCUCGCCCAGAUAUCUUCCCAUCGCGCAUCGUUGCCAUCGCUCGCAAAGUGCUGGAGGACGCGUCUCCUUGGCAUGGGGGCUCAAGACACGAGCCCCGUGCAUGGGUGUCGCUCCUUCCGCGAGCUCUGCUGAAGAAAAAAGAUGGUCGGCCUGCGACACGCAUUUACGGUCCCCAUUUCCCGAAUGGUGAGCCGUGGCGAAAACAAUGUGGCUUGGGAGCCGUCUUGGACGCCUCUGGGGUCUCGUGGC